AUGAAAAACGACUACAAAAACUCGAUUGAGAUGGAGUCCAUCGCGGGGUCCGUCUCGGAGGAGUCUAUACCCGAAUCUUCUCUACCACCCUACACAGAGUUCGACAAGCCAGCUGAGCCAUGUUCAGUCUUCAAGUUCACAAUAAAGAGCGAUCUUCCAUACAUCUUUGUUGGAAUUGUGUGCUGUGCGCUAGAGGCUGGUGUGGGACCGCUACAGACAGUGCUUAUGGGCAAGAUUUUCGACACCUUAGCUAAGCAUAUGAAGGGAACUCUGGAGAACAAGUUCAUGGCAGAGAUUGGAAAAUACUGUGGCAUGUCGUUGGGUCUGGUAUUUCUGGGUUUUUGCACCGACUUCUUUUCCAACAUUGCCUUCAUAUAUUACGGAGACAGGCAGCUGCUGCGACUCUCCCGCAAGAUCAAAGAUACAUUUGUCAAGUACAAGUCCAUGGCCUGGUACGACCACAACCAGGGAGUACAGGGCAGCCUCAAUGUUGCCUUUCGAAAUAUUGAAGAUAUUCAGGGGGCCUGUUGCUCUGCUAUCGCCUUCGCUAUCAAGGACGUACUCACUAUCGCCAUCUCUAUGGGAGUUGCUAUGUACCAUUCGUGGAGUUUGACAUUGGUGAUCAUGGCAGGUUUACCUAUAAUUGUUCUGGUAGCUAUGGGAGUGGCACCUCGUCUUCAGAGACACUUCAGAGACUACAAGGGGGUUAUCACUGACGCUUCCGUCAUGAUUGACUGGUCUAUGUCCGGCCUACAACAUGUCAAGCUCUCCAACGGCGAGAAGAAACAAAUGUCGAUUCUUCAGUAUCAGAUGCAUCUUGCUACCAUAUGCUACAUGAAGUUCACAACAUGGUCUGCUGCUCAGCAGGCGUUCAUGCAGGUACUUGCACUGAUCAUGUUCGUCCAGGGUUUCUGGUUUGGGGCCAAGCAGGUUCAAAUCGGAAACUUGACUGCUGGAGCGGUCAUGACCUGUUUCUUUUCGGCAAUGGCUGUCACGUCCCAUAUUGCUUCCAUCACCGGACAGAUGAUGUCGAUCAUGAAAGCCAUGGUAUCUGCAGGACUCGUCAACCAGCUCAUCAACAGCGCCAAGCCCAGCAAGGUAGAUGUUAGACAAUAUCCUGAGAAGUGCGAUGGAAACAUCAUUUUCAACGGUGUCACUUUUGCCUACCCUACUCGUCCUGGUGUUCCUGUUCUCAAAAACGUCAAGCUGGAGUUCAAACAGGGCCAGACUACGUUUGUGGUUGGUCAGAGCGGUUCCGGCAAAUCGACUAUCUCCAACCUUCUCCUUCAAGUUUAUGACAGCUACGACGGAGAGAUACGAGUGGACGGAUUUGAAACUAGAGGUGUUUCUACCCGUUGGCUGUAUGAGAGCAUCAAUGUUGUUAGACAAUCCACAGCUCUGUUUGAAACUUCCAUCCGAGAAAACAUCCAGCUGGGAAGAGGCGCAGAAUGGAAGUCUGCUACUGAACACGACAUCGACAAGGCUUGUCAGUUUGCUCUAUUGUCAUCUACGAUAUGUGAUCUCCCCCUUGGACUGGACACCAAAACCACUAAUCUGUCCGGAGGUCAACGCCAGCGAGUUGCUUUGGCUCGUGCCUACGUCAGAAACUCGCCCGUUCUCAUCAUGGACGAGUCUUUGUCUGCUCUCGAUAUCGUAUUUAGAGAACUCAUGGUUGAGGCUAUUCGCAAAUGGCGAAAGAACAAGACCACCAUUGUUGUCACCCACGAGUUGUCUCAGAUUCAGUCUGGGGACUAUGUCUAUCUUAUGAGAGACGGUGAGGUUGUUCAAAGCGGUCUGCGAAAAGAUAUCGAGAAUGUGGGCUAUUUCAAGGAGCUCAGAGAACAAGGACAGACCAAGGAGGCAGAUAAGGAGGCUCCACCAGUCAACGAGAUUGGUGACUUUGACCAAAACAUGAUCAGAAAUACCUACAUUCCCAUGAAAACCACAAGAGGAGUGCGGAAGUGGGUUGAUGUGAAACCCCCACCUCAGAGAGAUGUUCUAGAUCGGAAACGAAAACCUGUGGGCUACUUUGAGUUCUCUAAGCUAGUGCUCAAAACAAUCCCCAACAAGCCCUUGUUCUACUCCGGUCUGCUUCUCUCGUUUCUUCUAGGUGCUGCCAAUCCUGCGUUCGGAUGGACCAUUUCGCAGGUGAUUUCUCAAAUCAUGCCCAACGGAGAGAGCGACUCUUCUCUUAACAAAACACUGGUAAAAUGGAGUCUGAUAGUUAUUGGUAUUGCUUUGUUGCAGGGUGCGCUGGCUUUCUUACACACGUAUACUCUAGAACGAGCUGCCAAUGGAUGGGCUGUGUUUUUGCGAAAGUCGAGUUUCAAGACCGUUGUGACUCGAGAAAUGAGCUGGUUCUCCAGAGCUGUGGACUCAGAUCACGAUACGCCCGAUAUAGGGCCCUUCCACUUUGACAGAAACUCCUCAGGUAUCACCGAGCUGAUUAUCAACGAGACCGAAGAAUUACGGUCGGCUGUGACCACCUUCUUUUCAGCGGUCAUUAGUAUUUUCACCAUAUGCGUCGUUGGUUUCAUCUGGUCGCUGGUUCAGGGCUGGAAAUUGACGCUUGUGUCCUUCUCCAUCUUCCCAGGCUUCCUUCUUACCUCUCAGCUCUAUGCCUACGUUUCCUCCGUCUGGGAAAUGGGUCUUAGAGAGCGUAUUGUGCGUGUCCAGAGUCUCAUCCAUGAGUGUGUUACUGGAGUGUCUGAGGUGAGAAUCCUUAACCUGGAGAAUUAUUUCGAGCACAAAUACAUCAAGCUGGAAGAUGCCGUUUUGAAGUACGCCAAAAUGAGAGCGUUUUUGGUGUCUAUCACCUAUGCAUCCCAUCAGAUGUUCACUCCUCUGCUUCAGGUUAUCAUUCUCUGGGUUGGUAUGAAGCUGAUCAACGACGGAGAGUACACCAUGGAGAAGCUAAUGGGAGUGAUGGUGAUUCUCAUUCAAGCCAUGACUACCGCCGCGGGUGCUCUAGAGACCAUUCCUCAAAUGUCUAAGGGCAUGAACGUCACCAAGACACUGUUUGCUCUGAUGGACGAGGGUCGUGCAGAGACUUCUGAGGAUGGAGGAACCGAAUGUCCUGACCUACAUGGAGAGAUCGUCUUCAGAGGCGUGGACUUUUCCUACCAAUCUCGAAAGGAAGCUCCUGUUCUCAACAACUUCUCAAUGAAGGUCGCCAGUCAAGAGGCAGUCGUUAUUGUUGGCCCUUCGGGUUCUGGAAAGAGUACCAUCACCAAUCUGUUGACGAAACUGUACCCUUACAGACGAGGUAUUGUCUCAAUUGGAAGACAUGACAUUCGUGACAUUGACACUGCUUACCUUCGACAGCGAUUAGCUGUUGUCACCCAGUCUGCUGCGUUCUAUAACGGAUCCAUCACCUCAAACCUGACAUAUGGUUGUGCUGCUGACCCUGAGGAGAUAGAGCGGGUCUGCAAGCUUGUUGGUAUCCACGACUUUAUCAUGUCCUUGUCUGAUGGUUACAACACAGUCAUUGGCAACGAGACUGGUUCGGGAACAGCUCUUCUCUCUGGAGGUCAGUCUCAGCGACUGUCUAUUGCUAGAGCUCUUCUUCGUAAACCUCAGAUUUUAAUUCUGGACGAGUGUACUUCUGCCCUGGAUAAUGCCUCGGCUAAGGUGGUUCAUGAGCUCAUUCUCAAGCUGAAGAAAAUGCGAAAGGUGACCAUGAUUGUCAUCACACAUUCUCAUGAGCUCAUGAAGCUUGGAGAUCGUGUACUGGUGUUGGGAGCUCAUGGAGAGGGGGUGGUUGAGCAGGGUCCUUACAAGGAACUGAUAAGCCAUAGGGGACCCCUUUACACUCUGGUGAAUGGUGGUAUUUGUCAUUGA